AUGUCCCAUCAUGCACAUCGAAGGGGGCGUAGUCGCUGUAAAUACAUGGCAAAUUCCUGCAGACAGUGAGGAUGAAGAGCUCUUAAUCAGUAGAUUAAAGCCCUUUUAUUGAUUAUUUUGAUUGUGCUAGUCGUUCUACCUUAAAACGAUGACUUCAAAGGACCCGAAUGCAUCAAAUAGUGCCCUGCUUUAUUUGAUUUAUCAGCAUUUAAAGGAGAAUGGUUACCAGAAGGCUGCAAACGUGCUGAAAAAACAUGUAACUCAGAUGGAAACACCAGGAGAUAUCACCUCUUUACAUGACAUCUACACAAGUUGGACCAAGGUCUCAGAAAUCGGACAAAAUCCAAAACAAGAGCCUGAAGUGGAUUCCACCACCCUGAAGAAGAUUAAGGCCGAUCCAUCAACCAAAGAAGAAGAUGUGGACUCAAAACCAAUUGAUUCUCUACCUCCUGCCCCCCACACACCCCAGGCUGCAACCCCAGAGAAUGAGGAGCCGGUCCCACAGGAUGAGUUGCCAUCUACUCCAGUCAGUAACGGGACAGUGGAAACAUCAGCCCCUGUACCAGCGGUCACCCCUUUAAAACCAGCAGAGAGCUCAGACAGUGACUCUGAGAGCAAAGAGGAGAUUCCCCUCACACAGGGAGCUACUGUCACCCCAAAGGCCUCUUCAGCUGUCCCUACCACCACGCCCUCAAAACAUGUAGACAGUAACAGCGAAUCAGACAGUGAGAAUGAGAUUCCUCCAUCACAGACUGUUGUCAUACCCAGUAAGGCCUCAGCUCCCAGUAAGACUCCAGCCAACCCCACAGCUCCCAGUAAAGCAGAGAGUUCAGACAGUGACACCUCAGACAGUUUGAAGAGGAGGUACUGUCAAGCCAAGGCGCACCCAGCAGCCCCAGUGAAGACCAGUGUAGUCACCCCCAGUCAGGCUAAAGCUGCUCCCAAGACUCCUGCUGCAGAGAAGAAAGCACAGAGCUCUGACAGCGACAGCUCAGACUCGGACACUGAGGAGGAGGCUCCUAAAAAGCUGCUCCCAAGACUCCUGUCCAAGAGUAAGAAAGCACAGAGCUCUGACAGCGACAGCUCCGACUCAAACAGUGAAGAUGAGUUAUUUAUAAAGAAAUCAACACAGACCCUGAAAGCUGCUCCUGUGAAAUCAGCCAAGGCGAUCCCAGCAGCCCCAGUGAAGACCAGUGUAGUCACCCCCAGUCAGGCUAAAGCUGCUCCCAAAGACUCCUCCAAGGCGAUCCCAGCAGCCCCAAUAAAGCCCAUGUUAGUCACCCCCAGUCAGGCUAAAGCUGCUCCCAAGACUCCUGCUCCAGAGAAGAAAGCACAGAGCUCUGACAGUGACAGCUCAGACUCAGACAGUGAGGAGGAGGCUCCUAAGAUCUGCAUCUGCUCUCUCCCUAAGACCAAGCCGGGGGCAGCUGCUCCAGUCAAGGCUGUAGCAGUGAAAUCACCAGAACCAGUGAAGUCCAGCAAACUAGCUAUCACUCCCUCAAAACCAGCAGAGAGCUCAGAGAGUGACAGCAGUGAGGAUGACAUUUCUUUCACACAGACUCCUGUUAAAGUCAUAGAGGCAGCUUCCAGUAAGGCCUCAGCUCCCAGUAAGACUCCAGCCAACCCCACAGCUCCCAGUAAAGCAGAGAGUUCAGACAGUGACACCUCAGACAGUGAAGAGGAGUUUACUGUCAAGAAACCUGCACUGACACCCAAAGCUGCUCCUGUGAAAACAGCCAAGGUGCGCCCAGCAGCCUCAGUGAAACCCAGUGUAGUCACCCCCAGUCAGGCUAAAGCUGCUCCCAAGACUCCUGCUGCCAAGACUCCUGCUGCAGGGAAGAAAGCACAGAGCUCUGACAGUGACAGCUCAGACUCAGACAGUGAGGAGGAGGCUCCUGUAAAGAAAACCACCCCUGCCUCAACCCCAAGCAAGGCCAAAGCCACUCCUAAGACCCCAGCUGCAGCUGCUAAGAUGGAGACUGACAGCUCAGACUCCUCUGACAGUGAGGAUGAGGCUCCAGCCAAGCAGGCCCCUGCCAAGCCCACCCCCAGCCCGGCUAAAACCACACCCAAGGCCCCUGCUGCAGCUAAGAAGGCCGACAGCUCGGACAGUGAUGAGUCUGACUCUGAGGAGGGCAAGCCAGCUAAAAAGGUCACUGCUAUCACCGUAGCCAAACCUUCAACUCCGGUACAGGAGGAGGACAAAGAUUCCUCAGACAGUGAGGAUGAAGAAACACCAUCGAAAACAGAAUCCACACCAUCUGAGACAGCUGUCACUCAAACCCAGGCAACGCCUCCUGCUGGCAAGGAGGGAGGUACAGAGGAACACAGUCCAGCAGAGGUACAUACGGAAGUUGAAGCUGCUCCAGUCAUACCUAAAACUGAAGCAGCAGCAGCUGAGGACAAUAGCAGUGAUGAUCCAACCGAUAUUGAAGGAUCUCCUCCUGAAGUCCCUGAGGUGGACACACCCCCUGCCUCUGGGUCAGAGAGUGCAAAGGAGGAGGAGGUCCCAGAGAGUCCCCAGAAGGUCCUAAAGACAGACACUUCUUCAGAGAAGCCCAAGACAGAGGAUCAGAUAGUGACCUCUACAACAUCAGAGGACAAGAGUGACACCCCUGAACUCCCAUCAGAAGCCCCUGUUACGGCUGCUGAGAUCAGAACUGCUUUAGAAGAGGAAUCAAAGGAGUGUGUUGACCCAGUUAUCCCCAAUUCAGCAUCUGAAGACUUGGAGCCUGAAAAAGUGACCAUUGAGACAGUUGCUGAGACAAUCCCCACAGAGACAGAGGAACCACCCACAGAGGAACCACCCACUGAUACCCCAACACCUGGAUCAAAGAGGAAGAGGAGUAAAGAGACAACGGACGCAACUCCCAAGAAGAAGAAGAUGAAGAAGAAGAAGGGGGAGGUUGAAGAGAAUGUGCAGCCUGCAGUAGAGGAGGAUGGUGGUGAGUCCAGUCUGGACACAAAGCGGUUGGAGCUGACUCCAUCAGACGAUUCCAAGGUGGAUACCACCCUGGCUUCAGAGUCUGGCUCCACCACUCUUGUUCUGUCAGCAAAGUCCCUCAAGAAAAGGAAAAGAAAGAGGGUGAAGAAAAGAAGAGUGGCGAAGGCCGAGAGGGAGUCACCGGAAGAGGACGAAAAAACAGACUUCGUCCCAAAAAAUAAAAAAAUWAAAAAGAGCAAGAAAAACACAGCAGCCACCCUGACACCACCAACCAACAACCAGACCAAGGAAACUCCAAAGACCACAGCUGCUAAGAGGCCUCUUCCUCCCACCCCUGAGCCGGAAGAGCUAGAGACUCCCAAAAAGAAGAAGAAGAAGAAAGUCGCAGAGAAAGGGAGCGCUGUGAAGGAAAAUACAACUCCAGGCAUUGAAAUAAAGAAGAGAAAGAAGAAGGCUGCUAAAGCUGAAAACACUGUGAAAGACUCUGCAAUCUCAACUCCUGAACCGAGCCUGACACCAGAGACCCCAAAAAACAAAAAGAAGAAAAACAAGCUGACAGAGAAAAAGGGGAAAAUGAAAACUGCAUUGAAAACACCGGUAAAAGCCUCAACAGGACCUUUGCCUAACACAGAAGUGACUAAGGAGAUGGUGGAUUUCUUCUCCAGGGAAUGAAGUGGAGCUGCUGACGUCAAUCAGAAGACAAUCACACUGGUGCCUGAGGUUUCAACCAAAA